AAAUGACAAUCGAUCGAAGCUAUUAUUCGAGUCGGGACUUUCCGCGACUUUCAAGUCAAAGUUAUGUGUUCGUUUAGUUCUAUUUUGUAAAUAAGUGUUACACGCACAAAUUCCAACAUAAAACACACACUCAUACACAUAAGAAAAAAAAAACAAUAUAAAGGUUAGUAUAAUAUGCAAAAAAGGUGCCAGCUCCAUAAAAAAAAAUAUAAAUAUAUUAUUUAAAUAACAAACUAAAUUGACAGUUACAUACAUGUAUGUAAGUAUUGCGGCAGCGAGUGCUUCCUUUUGCGUUGUUUACGAAAUUCCAGGAAAUGGAAGGAAGCUAAAGAACUCCGCAAUGAAUUUCCAGUUCCAGCGAACUGAUCACCGUUAUUCGGAAAGGCUCUCUGCUGCACACGCACACACACACAAGCCGGCAAGCACACAGGGACAUCGUUAAAAUCUAAAUAGAGAGGUAUUCUAUUUCGAAUUUAAUGUAUGCAGGUUUUAAAUUAGCUUUCGUUUUAACCAUGUUUUUAACCGAACAACAUUUCUAAGAAAUCCCCCUCUGGUAACCCGUGCAUAUAAAACCAAACACUCGCGAAUCACUCGCUUCAUUCGUUAACUGAACGUUACGCCGUGCACUUCGAUCGUCAGCUGAAUAGUACAUACUAUAUCCAUAUAUAAUAUUUUUACGUGUGUGUGUGUCUGCGUCUGUGCUUUGUGUUCGCGUUGAAUAAGUAACUUUUAAUUGCGUUUAUUCGCUACAAUAAUUAUCGAUCCUACCCUUUCUGUUUGAGAGAGUGCAUUACAAAAACAAAAACAUAGAAACAAGAAAACAAAAAACAAGAGCAGAAAAAGAUCAGUCUAAAGAACAUCUGGCCAAAAUGACAAAAAAUAAAAAUCAAAAGAACGCUAAGAGCAAAAACAACAAUAACAAUGGCAACACAACACCGCCGGCGACGCCGCCGAUAAAUGGCGGUGUCAAACCGCCCGGCACCUACGCCAAUGGAAUGCCUCGUAAGCCGACGGUUCCGUGGGAGCGCGAGUUGGUGGGCUCGUUUCUGCUGGAGAUGGCCAGACUCCAGGUGAUCAGCGCCCAAACGGAGUGGUACGUGGACAAGGCCAGAAUGCGACAUCUAUUCGAGGUGCACUUGAACGCCCAGCCCAACUGCAGCGAGAUUCGUCAGAAGCUCAGCAACCAGGGAGCUACGAAUAUUGGCUCCCUGCUGCAUAGGACGAACUUUCUGAUCAACACGCCGCGUGGAAAUCCCAACUAUCGCAUCAAGAACUUCUCCUUGAUUGAUUUUCGCAAGGAGAAGUUCAAUUUGCUGGACGAACAGCACCGAUUGCAGGGUAUCGCCUCCACGACCGUUGUGCCCGGAGGAGCACCUGCUGAGGGCAACAAACCGUUAACCGAAGCUUUGUUGGCAGAAUACAAACUGGACACGGACGUAAAGCCUACGCUGCUAAAAUAUCAAAAGAUUCUGCUGCUGCAGUCAGAUAAAGAUUUCGAACUCAACUCCCUGGGCUGCUAUAUCUGUCAGGAGAACUUCGAGACAAUUGAGAAGUAUGAGGAGCAUGUGGAGUACCAUGGCGACGAGUCUGAUUUUCAGUCCCUCAAAAAGAUGGAGAAAUAUCCAGAGUCCUUUGUGUCCCUGUCUUAUCAGACCUGCGUGGACAGCCACUACUUUGGAUUCACCUUAAAGACACACCACAAGGAUCUGGUGGUGGAGAAGUUCAUCAUAGUGCAGUUACGCCAGUUUUACUACGUGUAUGGUGCACAAAUGCCUCUGCCGGUGACUGCGAGCGGUGAACUUGUGUUCUUCGUGGACUCUCACGUCUUCAUGAUCCUUCGGGAGCAGCCCAUCGUUAUUGGGUUCACCAUUCGGGGACAGAAAUAUGUGGAGCAGCAUCACUUCAUGCGCACGGAGGCAUUGCCCAAGGCUAGCUUCAACAUUAAUCCCUAUCGGCUGUCUAGCAAGGAGAUCUUCAAGAGCAAGGGUGUCCCGCCAGCCAAUCCGCCCACUCAGGUGUUGAGUGCUCUAAAGCACGAGGAUGCCCAGAUGCGUUUGGCCAGCUUUGACAAGGACUAUCAGAACUACUGCGAGCGGGGCAGAGAGAUUACUCAGGAAAAUCUGAGCGGGACACUGCGCACAUUGCUCCAGGUGGAGGACAUCGAACGAUUGCAGCAUUAUCUCUCGCUCAAGCAAUCGAAAAUGGAGCUGCAUCAGUUCGGGCGGGAGCUUUCGGUGAAAAUGCAAAUGGGUACCACCAGUAUGAGCGUGGAGGAUAUCCUAUCGCCUGGCGACGAUGUGCUAAUCAUAAACGAGAAAGGCAACCCGGAAUCGGGUGUACGCCAGAUGUUGGAAAACAACAACAAAGUGCUCGAAUUGGCACUCAAGGAUUUUGAAUCCAUCUUGCAGUGGGCUCGCAAUGUUGACGGAAUGGUCGGAUCUCUAGACAGGCAACCACGAGUCUACUUCGCCCGUGUCCUUGGUGUCUCAACGCAGCGGGUUAACAUCACUUGUGAACGCCAGUUACCGGACAACACCACCUACACCCUGAUCUUCCGUCCUUUGCGAGCAGUGAUGCGUUAUCAGUACCGAGCACUCCAUCAGCUGUCGAUCACCAGGCACACUGAUGUUCAGCGGAUUCUGUUUCCCGGUGAAAUUCCUAAUACACCUCUAGCCAGUGGAGUACUUCAGCUAAACAACAAGCUCAUUUCGAGCAAUCCGGAGCAGAUGCAAGCGGUUCGAGAGAUAGCGUUGAGCCCACGUUUAAAAGCUCCCUACAUCGUGUUUGGACCACCGGGAACGGGCAAGACAGCGACCAUCGUCGAGGCCAUCUAUCAAUUGUACGUAAAUCGUCCCGAAACGCACAUCCUAGUGCUGUCUGGCUCAAAUACGGCCUGUGACGAGGUGGCACUGCGACUUUUAAAGGCAAUCGCCAAAGCACCAAAGAGUCAGCCACGACCGCUAACCCGUAUCUUUAGCGCCAGCUGCGAUAGGCGCAUUGACAAUAUCGACGAUUUGCUUCUGGAGUACUCGAACAUGUACUCGGUGCACUUUUAUCCGGCCGUGCAAGCGGUGCACCAAUAUCGAAUCGUGAUUUGCACACUCAGUUUGGCUGGAAAGCUGUCUACCGGUGGCUUCGCCGCGAACAAUGUGUAUACGCAUGUGUUUGUGGACGAAGCAGCCGCUUCCACGGAGGCGGAGGUUUUGAUGGGCAUCACGUGCACCCUAUCGCCGACGUUGAAUUUGAUUCUAUCCGGCGACCACAAGCAACUGGGACCGGUGCUCCAAUCUCAGAGGGCGAACGAAUGGGGUCUCGGACUGACCCUCUUCGAGCGACUGCUGCAGAGGAAGUGCUACCAAGUGGAAAAGGAUGGCAGCUAUAACGCGUCCGUGCAGACGCGACUCAUCCGCAAUUUUCGUUCACAUCCGGAGAUAGUAUCGCUGUACAACAAUUUGUACUACGAGGGACAUCUUCGUGCUGAGGCACCCAUGGAAAUUGCUUGUCGCUUCCACAACUGGUUUUACCUGCCCAAUGCUACCUUUCCCAUCAUGUUUCAUUCCGUUUUUGGCACUACGAUGAACACGAAAAGCUCUGUGAGCCUGUGCAAUAAUAAAGAGAUUGAUGUUGUCAUGGAUUACGUGAAGGAUCUCAUGUAUUUCGGCCUCAAUGGCGAGAAGUUAUUGCAGACUGAUAUAGGUAUCAUAUCGCCAUACAAGAACCAGUACCAACGUAUCCAGGAGCAGCUAAACAUGCGAAACUGGUCUCAAAUUGAUUGCGGUUCUGUCGAGUUAUUCCAGGGCAAGGAGAAGCAUGUGAUUAUCGUGUCAUUUGUGCGCUCCUUUACUCCUAAACUUGGAUUCUUGAACAAUGAACGGCGUUUGAACGUUUUGCUUUCGCGGCCGAUUUCGCUGCUUAUUCUCAUCGGAAAUCCACGUACUCUAAGCCAAAACAGUGACUUCCAACAUAUUAUCGAAAUGUGUCGCGAUCGAAAGACCUUGGUUGGGGUGCAAUACCUUAACGAAAAUUGUAUUCCGAAUAAAAAAAGUGGGGCAAACAACGUCAAUGAAGAAGGAGCAGCUGGGGAUAAGCCUGCAUCCGGGCCAGGGGAACCUCUCAAGCAAAAGAAGCAUGCAAAAAGUCCAGUUCAGGCCACCAAGCUCUUCUACAGCAAGAAAGAGCUGCUCAAGCUGGGGAAUGAGCGUCAGUCGAAAAAAUCUGAGCUCGAAACCAUAUUCGACGAGUUGCCGAAGGUUCCAAGCUUUGUGGACCACGAUUUGGAUGAAGUUCGUUCGCUAGAGGCCCAACUGAACGAUUUUCAAUUCAACACCAAAUGGGAGGCCGCAGGAGCAUCGAUUUCGGUUACUCCUGCUCCAAGACCUGCUGCUGCGCCAUCAGUAAUGCCAAGAGCAGGAUUGAUAAAGCCGGAGACGUCCGCUUCGCAUCCUUCCUCUGCACCUAGACCAGCAAUACGAAAGCCAACUGUUUCAGCAGCAACUCCAGUGCCAACAUCACGCUCUUCAAUGCCGGAAAUUCCUUCAUCUUCCAAGCUCCCGAUUCCGAUGUCCUCAAAUCCCCUCUCCACUCACAAGGAGCGCCUUGUUAACGAAGUGCUUUGUGGCAUCGAAGUCUUGCCUUCGGAGAAUAAGACAACCAGGUCUUCGGCUUACAGUCACAUUCCCAAUGGCAAUCUUCGUUUCGAGAACGUGCGUCCCACGUCCGAAGACUUUCGACGCUACACGGCUGCCAAUGAGCAACGUCGUGCUCCACCAUUUCGCGAGCCCCACAGAAACUGGUCCAAUUUCGGUUGGUCACCGCCACCACGGGAUCCAACGCCACCACCAAGCAGGAAAAAAUCCAAGUGUAUCAUUUCAUAAUUGUGGCUUCUUUGGGAGCUCAUCACAAUCUAUAGGGACGGCGCAAUUGCUUGGCGUAACAAGUGAUCUCGCUGUCCUCUUUUUGACUUUGCUAUUGGCAUUUGUGCGAUCUGCGAUCAUCCAUGCGCCAAGUAGCAAAAAAAAAUCCUACCAAAUAGACUCGCACCUGAUGUGCGUCCAUCCGAAGAACAGGGCCAAAAGAAUGGUUCACCUCAGCCACUGAGGUAGCCUCAAGCUUUUGGCCUUCCAUCUUCGAUGGAACGCAUCCUUUGCGAGUGUAAUUGAUUCGAGCAAAGACAUGGAGCGCUCAAAGUGAACACUUUUCGGUUGCAAAAGCUCGACGCUUUCGAGUUAUACCACGAACCCAUAAUCCGUAGUGUAAGUCGCAAGCAUUGUGUGCACUUCAGACUUCAGGUUUGACUUUGAGUGUUAUAAUCAAAAUAGUAGUUUACUGAAUAGGGGGGAUGGGGGAGCAGGUUAAAACCUAUCUAUAUUUCCCCACAUAAAAUAAACAUGUAAUCCUCACAGAAUAAUAUCCUUUGUAACAAUUUCAUAUUUAGGUAAGAACUUGCUGACUCCUUGAUAUCUGUGUCAUCGGUUCUGAAGAUUAGAAGCAAUAUGUAUGUGCCCGAUGGACUAUUAUACUUCAAAAAAUUAUCUAAAUAAUAAAUUCUAAAUUAUCGGAUUACAA